AUGAAGUGUGGAAUCUUGAACCGCGAUUCGCCGUGUUUUGUUUACUUUCAAGACGCAGGCAACGGUACGUACUUUUGGGUAAAGGCGACCGAGUUGACUGUCCAGUCGGAGCGUGCGUUCCAGAAGCAGCCUCACAUCUUCCUCAACUCCAAGACCAAGGCCAAGAGCGCCAGACCGGGCAAGGGUGGCCGACGAUGGUAUAAGGAUGUUGGUCUGGGUUUCCGUACCCCCAAGACUGCCAUUGAGGGCAGCUACAUCGACAAGAAAUGCCCUUUCACCGGUCUCGUCUCCAUCCGUGGCCGUAUCCUGACCGGCACCGUCGUUUCCACCAAGAUGCACCGAACUGUCAUUAUCCGAAGAGAGUACCUCCACUUCAUCCCCAAGUACUCCCGUUAUGAGAAGCGCCACAAGAACCUCGCCGCCCACGUCUCUCCCGCUUUCCGUGUCGAGGAGGGUGACCAGGUUACCGUUGGCCAGUGCCGACCUCUUUCUAAGACUGUCCGCUUCAACGUUCUCCGUGUCCUGCCCCGAACUGGCAAGGCGGUUAAGAAAUUCAGCAAGUUCUAA